AUGGUCGCGAGGACCACCGCCGACACCGGUCGGAGCUUGCGGCCCGACGCGCCUCCGUCGCGCGUCCUCAGGGCGCCGCCGCCCUUCUCGCCUCCGCCGUCCCGCCUUCCAGCAGCCUCAUCGUCGCCGUCUCCCUCCGGUGCCGCCGUCCCGCCUUCCCGCCGCCUCCGUCGUCACCGCCUCCUGCCUCCACCGAUGACGCGUCCACCGCCACCGUUCACUCGCGGCCGCCCCGCCGCUGAAACGCCCGAAUUAGGAUUUCGGCAGCGACUCCAUUAAGGGGAACACUUAUUGGGCCUCACCCACCUUACCCGCCGGCCCAACCAUCAGGCCCACCAAGCUAAUCCACCGCGUUGUCCCGCAUCAAAUAGUCUCAUGAUUGAGGAAGAUAUAUUCUUGAUGUAACUUCGGGAACAGUCGAAUAUUACAUCUUUUGCGCACUACGCCUCCUCAUCUCCCUUCUGUUUCUCCACCGCCGUCUGAUCUCAUCAAGAGUGAGGUUUCCACCCGACAAACUUCAAGGUGCCAGCAAGAAAAUGAUUGAUAUAUAUCUUGGCUUUGCAACUCCCCUGCCGAUCUCUUCCUUCCUGCGUAGAAACUAUCAGCAUGAAUUGCUGCCUUGCUUGUCUGGGAUUCUUCUGGGAUCCCAUAUCUCAGAGUCUGCAAAGCUUGCUGCUUGCUGAUGACCUCUGGGCUUACGAUGUUUUGGACGGGAAGUGGGUCAAGUUCCCGGAGCCAGGGAAGAGCUGCCGUCCCCGGGGAGGAACUGGGCUCGCCGUAGCCGGAGAGAAGAUCUGGAUAGUUUAUGGUUUCUCAGGUGAAGAGGUAGACGACGUCCACUGCUUCGACCCGGCCUCCGGGGAGUGGACGGAGGUGGAGACAACCGGGGACAAACCUUGCCCUCGGAGCGUCUUCUCCAUAGCCAGCAUUGGACAGCGCGUGAUCAUAUGCGGAGGCGAAGUUGAUCCGAACGAUCUCGGCCAUCUCGGCGCCGUGAGCUUCGCCGGCGAUUCGUACGUGUUGGACACGGCGACGAAAGCAUGGAAGAAGCUGGCGGAGGUGGCGGAGCCCGGGGAGCACCCCGGGCCUCGCGGCUGGUGCGCGUUCUCCGUGGGUCGCCGGGACGGGGAGGAAGGGCUGCUUGUCUACAGUGGGAAUUCGCCCACCAAUGACCGUCUGUGACGACAUCUUCUUCUUCACUCCUUCCUUUGCCAGGUGAGGAAAUGCUAUGAAGGUAUCGGACGCCAUGGAUCUAUCCUGGAAGGUAUCUGUGCUUUUUAUGUUGUAAACUCUUCAAAUGCCCGACUUGUGGGCAAGGUAUGUAUAUCUGGGUUUACUCGGAGUCCAACGAAAGCUUAUAUUCAGAAACUAUCGAGGUCCGACCGCCUGAGAACGUCUGGUUAAUUCUGAUGCCCAGGUCUCUGUCUCCUCUCUGUCUCUCGCUACCUCGCUCGCUCGUCUUCAGGUUUCAAGGUGACCUGUUCUUGUUUCUAGGUUUAUUUUAUGCUGAACGUAAGAACAUAGGAUCAUGGAUCAUUUACUCCCUUAGCUUAUCAUAAAUAUCUUGGAACUUAUGAAUAAAAAAGGAUUUAAGUGAACAUAAAUAGAGUUUCGUGGCAUGAAUGAAAAAGUCAAAAUGAUUUGGUUAACUUAAAUGAUAAGUAAUUUAAGAACAUAG